AUGGCCCUAUUGUCUGCCUGCAUUGAAUCGCACCAACGUGCACCUCAGUAUGAUCGGAUCGGUGCCGAAAAACGAGCUCGUGACAUAGCGCCUACGAUCGAGUUUAUUGAACGUAUAAUGCAGCAUAAUUUCAAAGGCUUCCCUGUCCUGCUCGGGAAGCUGCCGAAUCGCUCUGAUGCAAUCCUUCGGGAGUCUGCAGUAUGUGAAGUCAGCGUUCCUCCAGGGCUAAUUUCCGCGCUUUCCCCACGGACAUCGCUCCGAAAUGUGUCCGGCAAUCCCUUUGGAUUGGACAUUGAGUGGGCAACGUGCAUCGGAUAUGAUCCCGUCACCGACAGACGGAGACGCACCAAUCAGUUGCAGGGUCAAGGCUACAUUUUCAAAUAUAGCUCGUUAUCUACCCAGAUGUGUACCCCGUUCCUGGAGUCGAAGGGGCUGUUCUCCGGAGUCUAUACCUUGUUUUCUUUCCUAAGGGAGCGUUUCGACUCGUUGGAUGGUUAUCUCGUCCUCAAUGCUCUUCUAUAUUAUAUACCUGUAAAGCACUAUCACAAUGAUAAGGCGCUCCCAGUCGACGGUAAUCUGUUUCAUAUUCUUGCAAUCACUGACCUGGGUAGCUUGCGAUUGGAACUUGCUCAGAAUGCCGCAUUGCAGGCCAGAACUGAGUUUCCUGCUGCCACCCUCAUUGCAUGGCUGUCCACUCCGGAUCUCGAAGCUGCGGGCAGUGGGCGUUGUGCGGAGAUUGGCGCCUUUAGUGCAGAAGGUACGCGCUAUACUUUUCAAUCUCUUCUUUUCCCCCAUAUUCUACCGAUUACGAUGACCCUUGAGUUUGACACUCGCACGAAGUUUAAGAUUGGAGAUGAAGUCCGCUUCCGACCCCGGUACGAUAAUGAUGAAGUGGUGGGGAAAGUCGUUGCCAUACACAUGACUACUGAUUCGCACGUUUCAUAUGCUCUCGCAAUCGACGGCAGCAGCAUAACGCGCAUGGGUCUUACGAAAGUGCCAGAAGAGAAGAUACGAGGCCUGAGCAACAACAUGCCAUUCUUUGUCCGACUACGACACCAUCUUCACAUACGAUGA